AUGGCAACCAUCACAAACCCACCGAAAGUAGAAAACCCUAAGAAAACGCUUGCUCAACCAGAUCCCACUCCGACGACCUCCGCCGGAGACCUAUCUCCCAAAACGAUCAGUAACAGCAGUGCUUCAUCUACCGGCGGUGCUCAAUCGACCCUCAAGGACGGCGGCGACGACUCGAAGGUGACUACUGUGGCGACGGUGGAAGGGGACAAAGAUAACAAUAGCGGUGCGGUUUCGGCGAUACAGAAGAAGAUGCAGAGGGCUGAGCGUUUCGGGAUGCCUGUGCAGCUUUCUGAACAAGAAAAGCGAAAUUCUCGAGCUGAGAGGUUUGGCACUGGGUCUCCUUUUGAAGGAUCAGAUGCGGUGAGGAAGUCGGAGGAGCACAAGAGGAAGACCAGAGCUGAGAGGUUUGGACUUGUGCAGUCUGUGUCAGCUGAUGAGGAAGCAAAGAAGAAAGCUAGGCUUGCCAGGUUUACAGCAGUCUCCAAGACAGAUUCAGCGGAAGAAGAUAAAAAGAAAGCUACAGCGGAAGAAGAUAAAAAGAAAGCUACAGCAGAAGAAGAUAAAAAGAAAGCUAGGGCAAUCAGGUUUUCAGAACCUGCAUCUAAUUCUCUGUCACAAGUGAAUGGCGAAGGAAACAUUGAAACGAAGACAGCUAUUGCUGGCAAGGCAGGUGGAGGGACCUGA